AUGGGUAUUGUUGAUAUAAAGAGAAGGUGCUUCUCUUCCGCUCCUCCUCAUGACCAUCAUCUUCUCCUUCUGAUUUUCUUGAUCGCCGUAUUUCUACAAAGAGCAGUGGUUGAAUCCUUAAAUUACACAAGAUAUAGGCAAAUCAGUAGGCCGAGACUUGAAAGGAUUACUAGGCAUUUGGACAAGAUUAACAAGCCUCCUGUUCUCACCAUAGAGAGUCCAGAUGGAGAUCUCAUUGAUUGUGUUCACAAAAGAAAACAACUAGCAUUAGAUCACCCCCUUCUAAAGAAUCACAAGAUCCAAAAAGAGCCAACGGAGAUGCCAAGAGGGAUGAAUGUGACGAUAGAUGAGAAUGGUAGCAUUAGUACAAGUACCCUAGGAGGUGCAUGGCAAAUGUGGCACCGAAAUGGGACACGAUGCCCAAAGGGAACGGUUCCCAUGCGGCGGAGCACAGUGCAUGACGUGUUGAGAGCAAAGUCUUUGUAUGACUUUGGAAAGAAACAGCGAGGAGUUCCUCCCUCUCGCCGCAGCGAUGCCCCCGAUGUACUCACCAGCAAUGGCCAUGAGCAUGCUAUCGCGUACACGGGAUCAUCAGAAGAGAUAUACGGGGCAAAAGCAACAAUAAACGUGUGGGAUCCAUCUAUUCAAGCGAUGAAUGAGUUCAGUCUCUCACAAAUUUGGAUCCUUUCAGGAUCCUUCGAUGGCCCUGAUCUCAAUAGCAUUGAAGCUGGAUGGCAGGUCAGUCCGGAGCUCUACGGUGACAGCAGACCUAGAUUAUUCACUUAUUGGACGAGUGACUCGUAUCAAGCAACGGGAUGUUACAAUCUUCUUUGUGCUGGUUUUAUUCAAACGACUAGUAGGAUAGCCAUUGGAGCUGCCAUUUCGCCUGUUUCUUCUUAUGCUGGCAACCAAUAUGAUAUAACAAUCCUAAUCUGGAAGGACCCAAAAGUAGGGAAUUGGUGGAUGAGUUUUGGUGACAACACAUUGGUAGGGUAUUGGCCGGCAGAGCUAUUCACACACUUAGCAGACCAUGCCACCAUGGUGGAGUGGGGUGGUGAGGUGGUGAACUCAAAGGCCAACGGCCAACACACCUCCACCCAGAUGGGCUCCGGCCACUUUGCAGAGGAUGGCUUCGGAAAAGCUAGCUACUUCCGAAACCUUGAGAUUGUGGACGUUGAUAACAGUCUUAGCUAUGUGCAAAGCAUCUCAACCUUGGCUGAAAACACAAAUUGUUAUGACAUCCAGAAAUCCUACAGCAACGAAUGGGGCACAUACUUCUACUAUGGUGGGCCUGGGAACAAUCCUCAGUGCCCAUGA